UCUAAUAAUCUACUGCGAUUAUAUGUGCAUCCGUGCACACGUUGCAUAACAAAUUUGAUAUUCCAUCGCAGAUUUCACGCAAAUUACCUUAGAAAAGUGUUCACUUUGUUAUAUAACAGCUCGAGACCUGUUUUUCGUGACUGCAUAAUAUUAUGUUUUCUGCACUUCGGAUAUGUAUAUAUAAUUAAAUAUAAGAGAGAAACAGGAAAGAUGACAACUAGAUGUUGAAAAGAAUAGAUUUGUAAUAAUACAUGGAGCAUAUAUUUUUCCGAUUGAUGAUCGUGAUUUCUAUUUGUGAGAUAAGUAUCAAGUAAAUGUCCGUAAUGUUACAGAACGUUACGUGCUAGCGUAUAGUUUCAUGUAAUAAAUGAGAUUGUGGGACGAUGCGAAGGUAUAAAAGAUUGGAAAUCUCACGUUGCUAUCUCAAUGUGAAGUGUGACUUACUGUUGAAGACGCGUAGAUACGAAAAGCCAAUCAGAAGCCUUAUUAGACUACUAGAUUGCCAACUACAACUGUCGCAAAGAUGCAGAUGAAGGUCUUGCAGCUGCAUGAGCUGUUGCAUGUGCUGGCCUGGUUGGAGGGCACGUGGAUAACGAAUGAGCCCGCAGUGGGCACGUACCCGACCAUCAAGCCCUUCAAUUACUACGAUGAAAUAAACAUUACAUCCACAGGUCAGCCGAUAUUCAAUUACAUCGCGCAGAGCUGGCAUGCGGAUUCAGGGACACCGAUGCAUCGAGAGACCGGCUUCCUGCAGAUCUUACCAGAAACUAACAAGAUCGUACUUAGUCUAAUUGAUAACAUAGGAUUGUUUACGGUCGAACAAGGUGAUCUGAUGGGUGAUGAUAAUAGUACCAUCGACUUGAACAGCACCAAUAUAGUAACGACAGAUGCAUCGAUACCGUCUUUUCCGACUUUAACAGAGACACGUCGAGUGUACAAACGCAAUGGCGACAACUUGGAGUUCAUUUUCUACAUGGCGACAUCGAAAACACCUGAGUUGACGGAACAUUUGCGUGCAACACACGAUGUCUGUAUAAAUCGAUUACGCAUGAGAUAUAUACAGUAUCUGGAGGAACAACGCACGAGGGAUGAAAGAAAUCACAAGCUUCUAGCCGCAUUGGACAGAGUUAUGAACAAACUUGCUCUGAUAAGCGCGAAAAAAGACAGACUCAAUGUUCUCAGAAAACAGUACGAAGCUUAUCUACUUCGCGCUUACGCCAAUCACCGGCCACCCGGUAGCGUCACCGAGGAUAGCGGAAUCGCCAGUCAGAAUGAGGAUAGAUACACGAAGAAAACCGUCGCGUUGGCACAUCCCGAUUUAGCAUCUGCGGAAACAAGAAGCAUUUCAUCACCGCGAUUGCAUCCGGGGGCGCCUGGUCCACAGUCGAGUCAGCCAAGGUCUACUUCUGCGUCCAAGUUGUACAAUCAGACUGCCGCAGAUGUCUCGUUAAAUAAUCCUCCACCAAUUUUGACAACUGCGCCAUUAGGCGCAACCCUCGAUGUUGAUCAUCGCCAGGCGAAUGUUCUAUAUGGACCGCAUGUUUAUGCCUCCGUGCCGAACGCUCAUCAAUAUCCGCGAAUGAUACCUUCCAAUUACGACGGAAGUGUGCCUCGCAAUCUUCAGCAUGUUCCGGACAUUCGCGUUUCACAUGCGGAAGCGCCGGUAAUAUCAAUUGCGCCUUCGGAUCAUCCCACUAAUCGGUUCUUCAGGGAGCACAUGGAAUCGGUACAAAGCGCAUCCGGUCUCUCGGCGACCGCGCGAUUUCCUGUAGUGUCUGUUCAACACCAAUUCGACCCCUUGACCUCACGUCAUUAUCACGACACCAAUAUAUUGAUGUCCGAUCCACGAUCGCGGAUAAGAGAAUACGAUCGGUCCGAUACCGCGGCCGUGGAACCGACUUUAGUGACCGGGAAAUCGAGUACAUACCGAACAGGAUCUGACAUGAACAUCGCUAAUCAGGUCGGUCCGCUACCGGGAUACAUGGAUUACAUCCUGGCGAGUUCGCAGAAAUCCGAUGACGAAGGAUCCACUCGUUCCAUCACCAGCGACGAUCUGGACAGUUUGAUGAGGCGCAACGAACAUUUGCUGUGGGGUAACGCGGAUGUUGCCAAGACUCUGUCACCGACCGCUUUGGGAACAGACAACUUUAAUCUGGAUGAUAACGGCAGGACGGCGAUUCUAGAGAAAGAACUGGAUCGAUAUAUCAGUAAUAUCCGGAGAAUCCAUCGGGAGCACGGCGUGCAGAGCGUGGACGAACUGGACCAUGAGCAGAACACUAGCGGCGAUCUGUUGAAUGUCUCCCUGACCGAAGAUGGUCUGGAACUUCCAGCCGAGGAUCGGGCGAGGAAGGAGAAGGUACCCGAAGAAAUGGGCAAGAUUCUAGCAUUGGCUAGCGAUCUCGCGUCCAAGACGGCGACUCUGAAGGAUAUUGCACGAGAUUCGGUCGGGCAAAACGAUAGUUUUGCACUCAUGGAAGUCGAGGACGGAAUUAGACGUCGCGAGAGUGCAAAAAGCGAUGCGUCGGAAUUUAAAGAGAAACGCGAGGCUGAAGGACGUACAAGAAAUGAAAUUCAAGAAGACGUUGCGACACACUCAGCGAAAUUAGAUCGACCGCGCGGAGACGCGCAGAUUGCGAAAGAGGACUGGAAUAACGCGACCGAUUCAGCCGAGUCACGGGAACGCGAUCGGGAAAUACCUACUGCAAAAAAAGACAGCGUGAACGAGGAAAUAGCCACGAGUGACGGAUCACGGAUCGACGAUCCGAGAAGUGCGUCGGAUGAGAAACGACUUGACCUUGUAACCGGUAAAGAAUCGGAUAUCGAUGGUGUGUUCGAUGCUGCCGAAGAACUGGCGCCAUGGGAUCUUGCAAGUGUGCAGAAAAAAGUUCACGAGUUACAUUUGGACGAUGUUGACGGAGACCGAGCGGCGGGAAAAAAUGUCGAAGACACGAUGGACAUCAAAGAAGACAUCGUUAACGAAUCGUCACGAUUCAUCGAGCAAAACGUGAAUAAUGAAGUGGAGAACGCGCGUCCUCCGCAGGAUAUACUCCCUCGUUCGGAAAUGGAAAAGAAAACAUUGGACAUGAGCGAGAUAAAUGAGACCGAGGAGCAAACUGAAACACGUGGACCUAUCGAGGACGCUCAAAAUGUACCCUCUAAAGUUUCGGAUCAACAUUCAGUUGAUGAACCUAAGACCGCAUCGCAGCCAGGUGAGGAACUUGGUGAACCAGACGAAAGUGACAGAAGAAAAUCGGACAAUGACGAGACGACGGAGCUUCGAGUCGACGAUCAAUUCGAAGGUGUUGUAAAAGAUAGUGAGUACAGUGCCGAGCAAGGAUACGCUGAGGAUCCGAGUAAAACGCAGCAGUACGAGCAACAAGAUCCAAACCAGCAAUAUUACGACCCAAACAUGCCGUACGAGGCUGGUAACGAGGAGUAUUCGAGAUAUGCUGAUCAAGGAUACGCUCAAGAUGGUCAAGAGUACGUCGAAUACGUGGCUGACCAGUACGAACAGUACCCUGAAGAUCUCAAUAACCAACAGUACCAGCAUUAUCCUGACGCGCAGUACGAGCAGGAUCCGAAUCAAGCGUACGAUUACGGCUAUGACCCCAAUCAGGGAUAUGGUGAUCCUGCUCAGCAAUACGACCCUAAUCAAGGAUACGAGAACAAUCCUGACACUCAGGCGUACGAUUACACUGAGCAAGUACCCUAUGAUCCUAAUCAGACAUAUGAUAACGCGUACGAACAGGAAUACAAGGAGGAACAACGAAAUCCUGAUGAUGACACCGAGGAUCGUGUAGAGAAACCAGAAGCAGAAGAGACCUCACAGAUACAGGUGGAUCCAGAAUCGGAACACAAAUCGGACAAAAAUGGGGAUAAAUUGCAGGCGGAUGUUAACGGAGCGAGUCAAUCGAAGAAGAAGAAAGAUGUGAUCAAGUCCCUUCUGGAUUCCGACACAGAUACGACAAUCGAGAAGAAUGUUUCGAACACAGAAACGAGCACUCAAGAUGACGAACGCAUUUGCAGAAUUAUGGAGGAUAUGACCGUGAACGGCGUGAAGGAGGUGAAUGGUGACACAGACAGACUCUACUACGAAUUGGAUGGCGAGGGCGACGCCGACAGCUCGACAACUCCGAGCCACAAUGUGGAUCACCAUCGCGAUCGUAGCGAAAGCCCAGUUUUUGGCAUCGAGGGUGGUGGCAAUGCUGCAGGCGCCAGCAAUAACUUGAGACUUGCAUCUCACGAGCUGCCAAAUGAGAUUUCGGCACCCUAUGAAGUACCUCAAUUUCCGAUUGAACAGAUCGAGAAGAAGCUCCUGAUCCAACGACAAUUGACUGUCAAAGCUGCAAAAGAUCUUGAGGAACGCCGCAGUCAUUAUGAACCGUCACUUCACCCAGGAGUUCCUGAUGACAUUGAUCAUAGUUUCAAAAUCGAAGAAAAUGAUUUCGUGCCUCAUUUUCAACGAGUCUCCAUAUCCGGCGAGGACACUUCUGGAGUACCUCUGGAAGAUCUUCAAAGGGCCUCCAAGAUGUUGGUGCAGGCAUUGGCGAUACGCGAAAAAUACAUGAACAACUCCAAGCAGAGCUUCCCCACUAUUACUUCUAGAUUCUUGCGUAGUAUCGAUAAAAGACCACUCACUACGGAUGACGAAGUUCAUCACGAUGAUCGCAAGGCCAUCGAAGAUCACCCGGUACAUGCGCCUGCUUCUCGGGGCGAUCCUUGGGAAUGUGAAUUUCCACCGACGAAGAAUUACAAGAUCGUACCAGUCAAUGGCGUGUUCAACCUGUUCGCCAAUGAUGAGGAUCUGGCCAACGGCAAACCGCUCCCGUAUUCGUAUCCGGACCUGGCGGCCUUCGUCCAAGACAUGAACCUUCUCUGCGCCAUGAUCGCCGACGGACCCUUGAAAUCUUUCUGUUACCGAAGACUGAGUUACCUCUCCUCUAAGUAUCAGCUACAUGUGCUGCUAAACGAGCUCAGGGAGCUGGCAAGUCAGAAGGCCGUGCCGCAUAGGGACUUCUACAAUAUUAGAAAGGUCGAUACUCACAUACACGCGGCUUCGUGUAUGAAUCAAAAACACCUGCUUAGAUUUAUCAAAAAAACGUUGAAGAAUCACGCUGAUGAAGUUGUUACUUGUUCCAAAAACGACGAAACUAUGACACUCCGCGAAGUCUUUCAAUCCAUGAAUUUGACAACCUACGAUCUGAGCGUCGACAUGUUGGACGUGCAUGCAGACAGAAAUACGUUUCACAGAUUUGACAAGUUCAACGCGAAGUACAAUCCUAUCGGCGAGAGCCGCUUGCGUGAGGUUUUCCUCAAAACCGACAACUAUCUGAACGGUACGUAUUUUGCACGGAUAAUCAAGGAGGUCGCAAGCGACCUUGAGGAAUCCAAGUAUCAGAAUGCAGAGCUGCGUCUCUCGAUUUAUGGCAAGAAUCCAGAAGAGUGGGAUAAACUAGCUAAGUGGGCAAUUCAGAGCGACGUCUAUUCGGAUAACGUGCGCUGGCUUAUACAGAUUCCUAGAUUAUAUGAUAUCUUUAAGUUGAACAAGCUUAUGACGAACUUCCAAGAGAUUAUCAACAAUAUCUUUCUGCCACUCUUCGAAGUGACCAACGAUCCCAAUUCUCAUCCGGAGCUGCAUAAAUUUCUCCAAUACGUAAUAGGCUUCGAUUCCGUGGACGAUGAAAGUAAGCCAGAAAAUCCUCUCUUCGAUAAGGACGUUUGUCCACCUGUAGAAUGGGACGAUAUAGAGAACCCACCGUACGGAUAUUACCAGUACUACACUUACGCGAAUAUGACGGUUCUUAAUCACUUUAGAGCAGAACAAGGUUUCAAUACAUUUGUCUUGAGACCUCAUUGCGGUGAAGCAGGACCCAUUCAACAUCUCGUGUGUGGUUAUAUGAUGGCGGAGAACAUUUCGCAUGGUUUACUGCUCAGAAAAGUUCCUGUGCUUCAAUACUUAUAUUAUCUAGCGCAAAUUGGCAUCGCGAUGUCGCCGCUCAGUAACAAUUCGCUUUUCCUUAAUUAUCAUCGUAAUCCACUUCCAGAAUAUCUUGCUAGAGGACUAUGUAUAAGCUUGUCUACAGAUGAUCCUCUCCAGUUUCACUUUACCAAGGAACCCCUGAUGGAAGAAUAUAGUAUUGCUGCGCAAGUGUGGAAACUCAGUUCGUGUGACAUGUGCGAGCUAGCACGCAAUUCCGUUCUCAUGAGUGGCUUUCCGCAUAAAAGUAAGCAGUACUGGUUGGGACCUAAUUAUACAAAAGAGGGAGUCGCUGGUAACGAUAUUACUCGAACCAAUGUACCAGACAUACGAGUGGCCUAUCGAUAUGAAACCUUAGUUGACGAACUGUCCAAUAUCUUCAAGGUCGUGGAGAAACCUGAGUCACUUCCAUUUUAAUAAUCAAUUAUUUGGAUU